GCUGUGCAGAAUUAGGUAGAAUUAUUUAGGUUAUGGGUUUAUUAUUUAAAGUCAGGAAACUGUUAAUAACCACUCUCUUCAGGACAAUAGGUGGAGAAAUGUACCUAAACAUUUGAUUGUGAACCUAAAUACACCAAAAAAGAAGAAUGAUCUCGGAUGUUGACGCUAGUGAAGGCGGAAGCGAGGUCGCUGUUAUUCGCAUUUUGCUUAGCUAGCGUAACUCGAAGACGCGUAUUUUCUAUUUAUUUUGGGGCUGGGUAACUGCGAAGCAUUUCGUUUUGCGUUAACAUUUUACGUGGUAUUAGAAUGGCUCACAGUAAGAUGAUUUUUUGUAUUCGUCUCGGGUAGGUUAUAUGCUACAGACAGUACAAUAUGGUUGUUGUUGCUGACAACAAGCAAGCUAUUAGCAUGGGAUGGUAUAUAUUUUAAUGCUUUUUUUAUGCUGUGCUGUAUAACGUUACUAAAUAAGAAAGGGUAGUUAGCAAGCUAGAUAGCUAAUGCAUUUUAAAGAAAACAAUGGAAUUUGUGCAGGAGGUUUAUUCUAGCUAAGUAAUGGUAAUACUCCACCUGUUUAGUGCGUGACACAGCUGCUAGUGUCACAGUAUAUUGGAGGAAACAACGUUGUCAUUGAACUCGAGACCUUCGCUAUUUAUUUUUCACGGUAUUCCACGAAACAAGGUUCUCCCAUCCACAGCAUUGGAACAUUAAUUAUCGCCAAACUGGGUCUAAAUAUAGUACCAAUGCGUGGGACGAUGGCUUCCCAGGGCAGCCCUGUCAAAAGUUAUGAUUACCUCCUGAAGUUCCUUCUGGUUGGAGACAGUGAUGUGGGGAAAGGGGAGAUUCUGGACAGUCUUCAGGACGGAUCAAUGGAGUCCCCCUAUGCAUACAGCAGUGUGUUUUUAUUCUUAGGGAUCGAUUACAAGACCACGACUAUCUUGCUGGAUGGUAGAAGAGUCAAGUUAGAGUUAUGGGAUACCUCGGGGCAGGGUCGUUUUUGCACCAUCUUCAGAUCAUAUUCACGCGGUGCACAGGGAAUUCUGUUGGUUUAUGACAUCACAAACGGCUGGUCAUUUGACGGAAUCGACCGCUGGAUCCGGGAAAUCGAUGAGCAUGCACCGGGGGUGCCGAGGAUCCUGGUGGGUAACCGGCUCCACUUAGCCUUCAAGCGGCAGGUGCCCACGGAGCAGGCCCGAGCGUACGCGGAGAAGAACGGCAUGACGUUCUUCGAGGUCAGCCCGCUGUGCAACUUCAACGUCAUCGAGUCGUUCACGGAGCUGUCCCGAAUCGUCCUGAUGAGGCACGGAAUGGAGAAGUUCUGGAGGCCCAACAGAGUCUUCAGCCUCCAGGACCUGUGUUGCCGGGCCAUCGUCUCCUGCACGCCGGUCCACCUCAUCGACAAGCUCCCGCUGCCCGUGGCCAUCAAGUCCCACCUCAAGUCCUUCUCCAUGGCCAACGGCAUGAACGCCGUCAUGAUGCACGGACGCUCCUACUCGGUGGCCGGCGGCUCGGCCGGCAGCGGCGGCGGGAGCGGCGGCGGCAGCAAGGCCAACAGCCUCAAACGAUCAAAGUCUUUCAAACCGCCCCAGAGCCCUCCCAAGGGCACCAGCAGCAAGAGCAACUGUAAGAUAACCUAGUGGGUCGGGGAAGGGGCGUGAAGGGCCCCCCCCCCACCCCCCCAUAGUGCCAACAGUAUCGGUGUCGAGGCUUACAGAGCCCCCAGGGGGCUACAAAACAUAGCUGCAUGGCCUCUACAUCCCACGCUGAGAGCUUGGAGUGAGGUUGGCACUUCGCCUAUUCAGUCUCUGGGCUCCAGGUGUCCAUCUUUUGGUCCCCAGCCAACGUGACUGAUGGCGGCUGUGAUGUCUUCUGCCCGUCAACACUAGAAACGAGCGCGAGGACUCCGAACACGACCCUCUUAACGGAACCGACUCGCGGUGUAUGUUGAUUUUUUUAAGAUUUCUUCGUACAUGCUGCUGUUUUGCACUGAACUCUUUGGGCUUUUUUCGUGAAUGUUUUGGGAGUUGGGAGUUUUUUGGGUUUGUAUUGUUGUGUGUCUUAAUAGAAACGCAUUUGACCUUAUCCCUAUUUUCAGAUGUGAAUAACCGGAGCGGGCGUUCAUGAGGGCAUGCAUGCAAUAAGAUCAAACAUUUUGCAGCAGAAAUGUUUCCUAUUUGAAACGUUUGUCAGGUUGUCUUCUCCCUUCAGUCAGUUUUCUUCUGUUAGGCAUCCAAUGAUCAUGACACCAGUUUGAAGUGGCUCAGAUUGAACACUGAUUCAGUUAUUCAUAUGUUUAAAAUUUCACGCACAUUUGCCCAAAAAUGUAAUACAUAAAGUGUUGAAGCUUCCAGCCAUAUGUAUUUUUUCUUUAAGAUCUCUACAAUGAGACAGAUUUUAAUUUUUUGAAUGUUCUGGAGGACAGUUAAUGGUUCCCAUCCACCUCCUUUGCACAUAGUCUAUUGACUUGGGUCAUUGUCCUGUGUGGCUCCAGAAUGUCUAACACCAGUCUGGUCUGUGCUUAAAUGAUCAAUUAGAAGCCAAUAGGGUCAAGCUGUUUCGCAAAGGGCCAUUGUAGAUUGCACUGGUUUUCAUUCAGACAAGCUUUCCCUCUCUGUUAGCAUUUCAAUGCUGAACAGGAAGCAUGGAAAACCAGUGGUGAAAUCAUGUGUUGAUUGAAAUCUGUUUGCUCAACCAUGGCCCUUCGACCCCUGAGUAUUCUUUUGAAUAACCAAUACAUACCUAGUUUAUUUUAAUUUUUUACUGGAAUUUUGAUUUAGGUUGAAGUAUCAAUUUGGGGAAUGCAGCAACGGCUAAAAUGUCUUCUUUCUUUACCUUGUUGAAUGGGUGGUUAGGUUAACAUGUCCCUUGGUUUACUAACUUUGGUCUCUGGGAAACUUCAAUUUCUCCACAAGAAGCACAUUCCAAAGUCAGAAAAGUCAUAUCAAAUUUAAGGUUGAUAUCUAAAAUAUUUUUUACACAAUUAUUUUAAUGAAUGUAAAUAACAUUCUAAUGUGUUGUGGUAUCAAUUUUUUUUAAAGGGACAAAUUAUUAGAAUAUAUUUACACUGAGACAUUCCUGGUCUACGCUCAAUGCAAGAGAAUGGAGAACAGAUGCAUGAUGUUUUUCUGUUUACAUGCCCUUUUAUACAAUUAAAAAGGAACAUAAUCAUUAUUUCUAUAAUAAGCACUACCUGUAUAUGUUAUAAGCUGCUGGGUUGAUUGUAACAAUGAUGAAUGGUUUUGAAACUUUCUGGGCUGGUAUUUGCCAGGAAUGCAAUUAUUUUCCUUAAAUAAAAGAUAAAUGACAGCAAACGA